AUGCAGUUCCACUUCUUCGCCCUCCUCGCCCUCCCUUUCCUCUCCUCCGCGAUACCCCAGCGUGCGCCACGACCAGCAGCGAACCCAACCGUGACCAUCGCCUCCGGCGUCGUCGUCGGCACAGCCACCAAAGUCUCCAACCAGCCCACCGUCACUGGCCUCGCAAACGCCUACCUAGGCGUCCCCUUCGCCAAAAGCCCACCCCUACGCUUCGCACCGCCGGAAGCCCCGAAAGCGUGGUCGAAACCCCUCCACGCCCAAAAGAACCCGCCAGCCUGUCUGCAACAAUUCCUCCCCGGCAACGACGGCGAGCGAGAGAAGACGUUCUUCAACAAUCCUGGACUUCCCCCGCCGCCGGAGAGUGAGGAUUGCUUGUACCUGAACGUCUUCGCGCCGCAGGAUGCGAGUCCCAACAAUUUGAAGCCCGUGUUGUUCUGGACGUUUGGGGGAAAUCUGCAGAUCGGCACGGCGAGUCUGGCGUACUAUAAUGGGAGUUCGUAUGCGGUCAAUCAUGAUGUUGUGGUUGUGGCGGUGAAUUAUCGAACGAACAUGUUUGGCUUCUCCAACUCCCCCGAAAUCCCCAAAAACCAGCAGAACUCCGGCUUCCUCGACAUCCGCUUCGGGCUGCAAUGGGUCCAAGACAACAUCAAGAAGUUCGGCGGCGAUCCGACGAAAGUUACCAUCUUUGGUGAGAGCGCGGGAGGGAAUUGCGCCAAACAGCUCCUCGCUCAGCCUCCUUCUCCGUUACCGUUCCGAGCUGCGAUCAUGGAGUCUGAAGCCACGGCUGCGACGGGGAAUGGCCUCGUGAGCUACAACGUGGUUGCCGCCAAGUUUGGCUGUGCACUAAGUCUGUCGCCUCUAAAUUGUCUGAGGAAGGUCGAUGGGAAGGCGAUUCAAACCUUCAUCACGGAUAACGCCCUGAACUUCUUCCCGGUGAACGACAAUACGAACGUCGGGUAUAACUCGUUGCCGUCGAUUUUGUCGGGCCAGUUUGCGAAUGUGCCGAUUUUGAUGGGGACGAACAAAAAUGAGGGCACUGUCUUUGCCGAGAUUUUCGGUUUGGGGAGUGAUCUGGAUAUUAUCAGCGACAUUCUCCAACCAUUGGGAAUCCCGCUUUUGGAUAGCGUCAAGGACAAGCUGAUAUCCACAUACCUCGCCGGCGGCGUAGCCAAUACAUCAUCCGCCCUGGUCUCGCAAAUCAUAACCGACGCAUUCUUCACCUGCCCCGCCUCAUCCCUCUCAACCGCCAUCUCCACCGGCCCAAACAACUCCCCGAUCUGGCGCUACCGCUACGACGCCUCCUUCCCCAACACCGCGACCUUCCCCAACAGUGGAGCCUACCACUCGUCCGAAAUCCCCUCGGUCUGGGGCACAUACAGUCUGAACGGCGCGACGAAGACGCAGCAGGAGUUGAGCAAAUAUCUGCAGGGUGUUUGGAGUGGGUUUGCGAAGAAUCCGGGGGCUGGGCCGGGGUGGCCGAAGUUGGGGAGUAAUGGGGGAAAGGAGUUGGGGGUUCUUGGGGGAGGGAAUAGGCCGACUGGGGAGGAGACGAGGAGUUUGAGUGAGGCGGAUUAUCCUUGUGUUGUGCUUGGGCCGGUGUUGAUUGCGGCUGGGAUGGCGUAUUAG